AUCGGUGUACCGAUUAAUCGAAUUCUGAAACAUCGAAUCAAGCAUCGAUUAUUGAGUGGAAAAAACGUCGAUUUUUAUCUAAUUGAUGGGACGUCGCCCAUCCCUAAUGAUAAACAAUAGACGGACAACUAGUUGUCAACAGAUGCUACAAUUCGUACCGAGCACUCUGAAAUCGCAAAGUGUCAAGGGGAUCAAGGUCUGUAAGACUGUGAUCGACAAAUCAUCGUUUGUCCCGCUUGCAAGAAGAAAAUACAACAGAAUGGUCAAAUAUUUAAAUCAGUCGGAAGCUAUUAAUGUUGACAAAGACCUGUUCGAGAAGUAUAAAUUUAGCGUAGAUCAGUUAAUGGAGCUAGCUGGGCAAAGCUGCGCCGUUGCGAUUGCAAGGUCUUACCCGCUUUUGUCAGAGUCGGAGGAUUCCUCCAACAGAGUAUUGGUGUGCUGUGGGCCUGGCAACAACGGUGGCGACGGCCUGGUUUGCGCGAGGCACCUAAAGCUCUUUGGAUACUCGCCAGAGAUCUAUUAUCCAAAAAGGACGAAUAACGAGCUAUACCAAAGGCUAUUGCAUCAAUGCGUCGAGAACGAUAUACUUGUACUAGAAAAUCAGCGCAUAGAGGAAGCAACUGUAGACUCGACAGUUUUUUUGCACAAAUAUGCGAUCGUAGUGGAUGCUCUUCUGGGAUUCAGUUUCAGACCACCAGUGAGAGAGCCGUUCGUUCAUAUCAUCGACAUGUUGAAAAGCACAAGCGUGCCUAUUUGCAGCGUGGAUAUACCAUCGGGCUGGGACGUCGAGAGAGGCCCACCUGAGGAUGGUGGCAUAAAGCCACAAAUGUUAAUAUCUCUAACGGCACCAAAAAUGUGCGCGUCAAAGUUUGAUGGAAAAUUCCACUAUCUGGGUGGACGAUUUGUGCCUGAGAAGUUGGAAUCGCAGUAUAAUCUUGAUCUACCGAAAUACGCUGGCACGGACUUUGUUAUUCGGCUGUGAUAAAUGCUUACAAAUCCUAUUAUUCUAUCCCGUACGUAAUACGUUCUCAUCGUCAGAAAAGUGCAUUUGAUUUUAUCACGUGACCAAAUUUUUUCAACUAUCAUAUUAGUUACUCGAGAGAAACAUGUAGCUGAAAAACAUUUUUGAACAUAAGCAAUUUAUAUUUCUCCUUGUUCUCCAAUUGUUUACGAAUGCAGUUAUUUUAACUAUACAUAUAUGUAUAUAGUGUUUUCGAGUGUGGUAGAUUUUAAUCUAACCUAACCUAACCCGGGUCGGUCGAUUACAUCACGAGUUUUACUUUAAUUUCUGGUUGAACGAGGUCAUACUUUUGAGUCAAAUAUGAGUUAACCGUAUAGGGUCGGAUUCAGACCCACUGCACUCGAAAAUGCUAAUAAUUAUUGAUAAAUAAAUUAUAUA